CGAGAGGUUAAGCUCUGGGCAAACAGCCACAGAGCUGGCAAGUUGCAGAGAGAUAACGUGAACCCAGCAGGAGUGGCUCCAAAACUGUGUCUGUCCACAGAACGACACGGCUUCCCCACAGCAGCUCUUACAGGGCCUGCCUGGACAGUCAAUGCUCAGGAUAUAUUUGUUGGCUGGGUUCAAAAAAUGAAACACCAAUCAAAUAGUUUCUUCAUCAGUCCCUACAAGGCUUCCCUUAUGGUCCAAGCCCAGCAGGAGGAGAGGCUGUCUUCUAAGCCCAUUCUGCAAAACUUUGGCUGCCAUGGCUGCCGUGGACAGCUUCUACCUCUUGUACAGGGAAAUCGCCAGGUCCUGCAACUGCUACAUGGAAGCCCUCGCCUUGGUUGGAGCCUGGUACACGGCCAGAAAAAGCAUCACCGUCGUCUGUGACUUCUACAGCCUCAUCAGGCUGCAUUUCAUCCCGCGCCUGGUGAGCAGUGCGGACCUGAUCAAGCAGUAUGGAAGAUGGGCCGUCGUGAGCGGCGCAACAGAUGGGAUUGGAAGGGCCUACGCAGAGGAGUUGGCCAGCCGCGGGCUCAACAUUGUCCUGAUCAGUCGGAACCAAGAGAAGCUGCAGACGGUCGCUAAAGACAUAGCCGACACCUACAAAGUAGAGACGGACGUCAUCGUCGCUGACUUCAGCAACGGCCGUGAGAUCUACGGCCUGAUUCGGGAAGCCUUGAAGGACAGAGAUGUUGGCAUCCUGGUGAAUAACGUGGGUGUGUUCUACCCCUACCCGCAGUACUUCACGCAGGUCUCUGAGGACACGCUCUGGGACAUCAUCAAUGUGAACAUCGCUGCGGCCAGUCUGAUGGUGCACAUAGUGUUACCCGGGAUGGUGGAGAGGAAGAAGGGGGCCAUCGUCACCAUCUCCUCUGGCUCCUGCUGCAAGCCAACCCCCCAGCUGGCGGCGUUUUCCGCAUCUAAGGCUUAUUUAGACCACUUCAGCAGAGCAUUGCAGUAUGAGUAUGCUUCCAAAGGAAUCUUCGUACAGAGUCUCAUCCCGUUCUAUGUGGCUACCAACGUGUCCACCCCUGGCAGCUUUCUGCACAAGUGCCCGUGGUUGGUGCCUUCGCCAAAAGUGUAUGCACAUCAUGCUGUUUCUACCCUUGGCAUUUCAAAAAGGACCACAGGAUACUGGUCCCAUUCCAUCCAGUUUCUUUUUGCACAGUAUAUGCCUGAAUGGCUCUGGGUGUGGGGAGCAAAUAUUCUCAAUCGUUCUUUACGUAAGGAGGCCUUAUCCUGCAAAGCGUGAAGCUGGAUGCUGGUUGGGAAGUUUUGCCAGCUCAUGGGAACCUGCAGUAUUCUACAUCUGGAAGAACACAUGGGAUUAUCUUCUGCUUCCCUUUAUUACUGAGUACUUAGCAUACUGGUGACUCGUCAUUUGCAAAACAAAAAUAACGCUUUUACGAGUGCUGUGGCAAAGCCUCAAGGGCCACAUGGAUGGCACAGAGUAAAUAAGGACCACCACACAAGAACCGAUUGAGGAAACCUAAAUUUUGAUGCUUUUUUUUUUUUUUUUAAAGCUUUUCAAAAGUUGUGUGAUUUCUGUUGUUCCGGGAGCUACAGCAGUCUGAUAUCGAAAUAUGAUAUGACUUGUCAGCUCUUAGAAUUUCACAUGUUGUUUCUUAAGGGAAAUUGUUUCAGUAGAUGAAUUACAGUAUUGGUUUUCAAAUGUUCAUCAGGAAAGACUAUUUAAAAGUGUUAUUUUCUAGGUAAGAUUGCUGGUGUAAUUAGUGAAAGUCUGUAUUAUAUUGUGUAGCUCGAGUUGUUUGGCUCUCUGUGUGUGAAAUGCUGCUCUUCAACUGAUAUUUCAUUAGAGAACCAUGUAUGUAUGUAUGUAGUGUGCAUCUGGGCAACUUUAUUUUUGGGUAAGUUACUUUAAAAAAGAUUUCUUGUCAAGAUGGUUUAAUGUGGAACCUUAAGGGGUAUUAAAAUUCUAGGUUUUUCCUUUUCAUACUAAACGACACUACCCAAUUUUGUGCUAUAGAUUUGCCAUGUGUAAUAUUACUUAUGCGAUUGUUUUUUUUUUAAUCUAAAGAAUUAAUUCAUUCCUAGAUUUGGACAUGUAAUGACUGACCCUCAGUCAUCUGAUUUAUAAUUACUGUGGAUAAGUACUGAUUUCUCAGCCUGUCACCUAUUUUAUAACAAAUUUAGCCCUGUAGAGCUUGUUAUAUCUGGUUGUCAAACGGUUUUCUAUGUAAUAUUAUUCCGUUCCAGUAGCAUUAUUGGUGGAAAUACCAAGUAUUUAUAGAAUAGUAGUUAAAAUAUGGACAAAUUAUGUGUGUGAUAUGAUAUAUUGUGUCUGUUGAAAUAAGUUAGAAGCCCAUUCUUGGUUCAGGUAAUGAAGUUAUGCGUUCUAGCGAAUACUUCUAUUGGCAUGAAGAUAAAUACGCACAACCCACCAGCUUGUGGGUUUGCACUGAAACCUACUGUGAAGUCUUUUUGGUUCAGGUCCUAGAAAGCCAGACAUUUUUGAGAACCACAUACCUAGUUGCUUUGACAGUUGUGAAUCACUGUACAAAUAUGACAAUAUGUGCAAAUUUGAAAUUCAGAGUUUAAUAUUGCAACAUUGAUGUAGAAACCAGUAAAUUGAAAUCAGGACUUUUAUGGAAUUGCUUUCUCUUGAGGUAAUAUUCCAUUACGAGUAGGCCUAAGCAUGUUUUUAUGUUAUGCCCACAAUUUUGCCAGUGACACUGCUAUAGUAUUUCCAGAUCUGACUUGGACUCAAGAUCAGAAGUUAAGUUUAGAAGCUCUUCCACUUACAGAUCAGGCCUUCAUUCACGUAAGAGGAAGAACUUCAGGUAUGAAAAUUUACGCACUGGUGAUACUACGUAGAGCUGACCAUUUUGAUGGAGUUAGCUUGGAAGCCUUUAUUUUGUCAUAUUUGGCAUUUCUCCACCUGACAGUUUAUGAUCAUUAAGACUGGAGAAAAUCUGACUUGAUGCCACAGUGACUUGGACUUUAAUUGACAUACAAUAAGCAGCAGCAACUUGAUGUAAAAAUACUGUAUUUAUAUCUAAGGUGUUAUGUGUACAGCAGUGUCUUAUAUUUAUAGAUUAGGUGUUGGAUCAUUGUUAUAUGAGGAGACUAAGUAAACCAUGUCAGUGAUGUUUUAAAAUUCUCUGCUUGGCAGGGCAUAUAUAAAUGUGCUGAUUGGUGCAAAGUUCGUGAAAGGUCAAAGUCAAGAAUCUUCCUUAGGUCUUCUCUUUCCCAGAGCUCAUUUGAGAGUCAUAAUUGGACCACUGAAGAUGGGGUUUCUUAUUAGGAAUGUGGGAAAUAAGAACCUUUGAAACAAUCUGUGGCCCAACAGUAAAAGCAGUUGCUUCUGCUUCCUUUGGAAGAGGUUUUGCUCCCUAUGUUUGUAAAUUGGUUGUUUGGAAAGAGAGAUACAUUUCCCCCCCGUAGGAACAAUAAUUUAAAAAUUACAAAAAAUUAAUUUAAUCUCUGAACACCUGUGAUAGUAAUUCAUUAAAAGCUGGUAAUUUAGUAAGAAAAUUGUGCAUAACCACGUGUCUUAUAAAUCUUUGGAAACUACAGAGUUGAUCUCUUGCUGUCAUUCUAAUAGGCUGAAUAAGAUGAAGGCUGGUUUUGCUUGCUGACUUUGGUGAUGUGGAGGUCACUGGUAGUUUUGCCAUGAUCCAUUUUCAUCGAGUUGUGGGGUUGGAAAGUAGUGGGUUCAAGAAAGUGGGGAGAACAAGGGAGUCAGCGAGUCGAGACAGCUCUUUUGAGGAGUCUUUUGUUUUCACCUCAGUUACUUAAAAUCUUGGCACAUUUGGGAACCAGGGGGUUAAGUGGUGUCUUCACUCUUGACAUUGUUUACCCUCCGAAACCAGUCUCUGUGUCUCUGUCUCAUUAUUGGCUCGGGCAGUUACUCUUUAAAAUAGCACUCAGUUUUAAUAAAGAUUUACCUUCCCGUGGAA